ACAUCCAACGAAGAAGCCCUGCACAAUCCUUCAUCGUUACUUUUUCCUGGAAGCAUCCUCGCUCUGCCUGCACUAUAUCUCGACCACCCAUCAACGUGUCUCUCCCAGUAGUGAAGGAGACUUGUCACCCUACUACAAGGGGAAGAACCAUAUCCAGCACAGUAGAAGAAUAAAGAAAGGCUUUUCCAUCGAGUCAACAUCCAUGAUCCAACCAAGAAGCUCGGCACAAUCCUUCAUCGUUGCUUGUACAGGAAGCACUCUCAUUCUGCCUGCACCAUCUUCCUGCUUGCAGCGGAUCAUUUGAUCUCGACCCAUCAAGCAUGUCUCCCAGAAUCCGACGCAUCUUCUUCUUUGACGAGAAUAGCCUGAAUUCCACCGCCACGUCUUGGGAAAGUCCGAGUCAAUCCAUGACGGUUAUUACCGACUAUAGUUUUCAGUUGUCCGAUGCUCAAGGUUCGUGUAAUGGCGUCUUUGAGGAUCACCCGGGUCGCAACUCUUUCAAAGAACGCGUGGCGAAGCUGCCGUCUUAUGCACGCGAGAAAUUGAAGGAGCUUCUGAUCAAGAAUGGUCAUGAAGAUGCCGUGGUUGCGCUCGAAGCUUUCCAUGCUGCUUCGCCUUCUCUACUGCCACCCUCCGUGCCUCCAAGUUCAGACGAUGAAGAGGUGAAUCUAUACUUGAAGAUCACCAAGACAGUGGCCCUGAAAGCAAGGAGAAAUUCGACCGUGGAGGAUAUCAAAGCAUUUAUUCAAGACAAGGAACAAAUCGAUGAACAUAGUCAGCAGGUUUUUUUUGGAGGCAAUCGUCUCCAAGAUGGAAAAAGACUGAUUGACUACGGAAUCCACGGUCACCCCACGCUCCAUGUCAUCCUUCAGGAUUCGGCUAGGAUGAGAGUAAAAGUCGAAAUAUUAUCCACUCAGAAAAGCUUGCUGGUCGAACCGAGGCAUCAGGAUACCAUCCAAGAUGUCAAAGUGAUGAUUCAAGACAAGGAAGGGAUUCCACCGCAUGAGUUCGAUCUGGUAUUCAGUGGAAAGGUGCUUGCAGUGGACAGGACCCUCGCCUCGCUUGACUUGCUGCAAGAGCCCACAUUUCAUUUAGUUUUCCAUCCCAAAGAUGAUGUGUCAGUUAUUAUUGACAUGUCCAAUUGCAGAGUCACAGUAGGCGCUAAAUUUUGGUACACUGUGCGUGAUGUCAAAGCCAUUGUCGGAGCAAUGAUGUCAGCACAGGUGAUGAGCUUGCACAUGAUCUAUCAGGGGAAGCAGCUUGAGGAUGACACAACCUUAGCUUGUUACAACAUUGCGGAUGGCUCUGUCUUGCAAUUGGUGUCUCCCUAUGCUCCAUUUCCGAUAUUUGUCAAGUGCAAGAAUGGUAAGACUGUUGCUCUUCAGGUUUGCAGUACUGACACAGUCAAAGAAGUGAAGAACAAGCUUCUUCAUAAGCUCCAGGUGAGUGUGCCGGCCAAAUUGCAUGCUAUUGCUUAUGUGGGAAAAAGGCUUGCAGACGACCGUGACCUGGCGAGCUAUGGCAUCCAGGAGAAUUCGACUCUCUUUGAGAUUAUCACGCCUCGUAGUAAAUGAAAUGCUUUGAGUUUGUAAGUAAUGAGCGAACAGCAUCAUAGUUCUGACUUGGCUUUUGAAUUAGAAGGAAUUUUGAACAGAAAGCUGGAAAUUAGUAUCUGACAUAUAUGCACCUGAUGCUAAUUUUCUUGGUUUGUCAUUAGUACAUCAGGCACAAUGAAGGUCCAGUGUAUUUCUCUGCUUCCUUUCAUUGAAUAUCUGGAAAUCGUAUAAUAUCAGCAGUGCAUUAUUUUGCGGGUUAUUCUGUUUGAU